UGGCACAGUGUCUCACAUAGAACGAACUGUUGUGGCCUCAACACUCGGUUAGAGCGAGCGCGAAGCUGUCGGGCUGGAUGGAACUCACCGCGGAGUGCAUAGAAAAUUGCUUCCGCAAGGCGGGUUUUAUGGGCCCAGGCACCGAGGACGCCAUAGAUCACCCACCGGAAGGCCUGUCGCACGAGGACUUGUGGCAACGCGUCGUUGACACGCAGCUGGCCGGACCUGACGUUGCCUGGGACGAUUUCGUUUCUGCUGAUGACGACGCCGACAUUGUGGAGCCAUGCACUGACGAAGCUAUUGUGCGUGAAGUGCGAGCCCUUCCUGACUGCCCAGAGACCUACGAGGACGAUGACGAGGAUACAGCUAUACCGCCGGUUGCUGUGAACGCUUCAACCGCGAUCGGUUACAUCGCGUCGCUUAAGGAACUCGUGUGCAGCAGAGGCCUUGGCGAUGAACAUAUUACCGCGCUGGAAAAAUUAGAAACGGCAGUGAUGCGAUCAGCUUUGAAGAAGCAGACAUGCUUCACGGAUUUUUUUCAAAAAUAAAGUGAACUUUCGUCUCGCUUGCUCU